UUUGGAUAAUUCUUACUAUUAUUAAUUUUAAUCAAUUAUCUAAUCAAAUAAAUUAAAAAAAUUUAAAAUUUUGUUUUUAUUUUUUAAUUUAGUUAUACAUUUUAUUCAUUAAGGGGAUAAACGAUAUUAACCACUCUAACUUUUAACGUGAGAGCUCGAUUCCAAAAAUUUACUUCGCAAAUAAUAGUAUAGAUAGAUACUUUUUGUCAGAUUUUAUAAUGUAAAUGUUUUAAACCUAAGUAGGUAAAUAUUAACAUAUUAUAGCAAUUAAGCUUUGAUAAAUUACAUCUUCACUUUUUAUCACAAAAAGGCAUAGACAGGUAACAAGGACCCAAAAGGUUUUGUAUCCUUGAAUUCAAAUUUCCUUCUUUUUUUUAACACAGAAUUCAAAGUUCAUUUAGUGCAAAAAAUUGUAUUUUAAAUAAAAAAAAUCAAAAAUUAUUCUUUUUUUUUUCUUAAUAAAAAGUAUGCACCUUUUUUUUUUUAUGAAACUACUACAAUCUUUCAAAAAAAAACAAAGACAAGAAUAUUGCAAAAUAGCAAUCGAUCGUCAGAAAGUUGAUUCGUGCCAAACAAUCAAAAUGGUACAAUGUAUUUACUCUCUUCCAUUUAUAAUUUUCUCGAACCAUAUUCCCAACUUUGUCUCCUCUACUUGAGUAUCCUUCAAAUUCCUCAUUUUCUUUGUUUCUUCCUCUUUUUUUCCAUUUAUAUAUCAUAUUUAGGACUAAAUACAUAAGAAUUAUAUAUGUAUACUAACAAAUAGUGCUCUGUUUUAAAAUGAUUUGGUUCUUAAUAACACUAACUUGACUCUGUUAAUCAACCAAACGAGUUGUAUUUUGUAUAGUUGUAGUCUUGUAGAUUUCGAGAUUAAUUUAGUCUGUUUCUAAGAAUAUGAUUAGUUAUUCACUAUAUAGUUGAGCAUCAUCCAAGUUAAGUAUACUUGUUACUCGGCUUAAUGUUUUUGUGUGUUUUGGCUUUUACAGACAUAAAGAUCGCCCACAUUCACAACUUAAAAGUUGGUAUACUAGGUACACGUGUUAAUAUACCGCCAUUAUGUGUGUACGGUAUGCCUAAUUAAACAUUAUUAACUAAAUGGUUAGGGAUGAUUCUCCAUGAUAUAUAUGAGUCCUAUAGAUGUGAACGGAACGGGUAGAUAAAUUUUGUUUUUUCGUGCAUACGAAAUAUUUUAAUGCUAACCAUAUUAAAAGCCAUCGCAAUUGAUAAAGAAGAAUGGUCAACCCAAAAAAAGACUAGUCUUAUUUUAGCAGACUUAAGUUUGUUUAUGUAUGUGUGUGAAAAGAAAGUGGUUCAAACUCAAUAAUUUAAAAAUAUUAUUUUGAUAGAAAGAUGAAUAGUUCUUUUUGUAUAAGCGCUAUAAGUGUAUUUUAAAAAUAUAUCCUCAUUUUUAGUUUUUUAGAUAAUCUAUAUCAUCUUGUCUUUUUAUUACCAUAUAUUUUCAUCUUAAUCGAAUUUGUGUUAUAGUUAAAGUAUAAAUCUAGCACUCCGGUUCGUAGUAUAUGUUAAAAAUGUUUAAAUUUUUAUUUUACUUUUUUCACAUAUUUCAGAAAAAAAAACUUAAAGUUAAAUAUGUUUGAACUGAAAUAGUAGCAAGAUUCGUGAAAUCAUAUAAAUGAAACCAAAACAAAAAAAAUCAUAUGCUCAUUGUAUGAUUUAGUAAACAAAUUUUUCAAACCUUCAAAAAAUUAACACACUAUCUGUCACACAAAAUAAAAUCCAUAGGUCAAAUGAACGAACGUGAAAAAAUUAUGAAUAGAUGGACGUUAAGAUAAACUUAUAAUAUCUAUAAACUUGACAAAGACAAACUAUUUUAUAAUGUGCUAUUACUAGUGGUUCCAUCCAUUUAUUAAUUAUAUACUGCUAUUAACAAAAUUGGUAUCCCUAUAUAAGGUUAUUCAUUUCAGACUCCAAUCUUAUUAAUAUAUGUUUGAUUUUUUUGACUAAUAUUGUGAUGUUGUUGACGUGUUCUUUUAGACAAACUAAAUUAGUAAGAAAAUAGAUUAAAAGACUUUAGGGUAUGAUUAACACCGGUCUUUUAGCCGGGGUUCUUAUCUCAUGAUUUGAUUUUUUUUUUUUUCGGUUAAGAUACGACUCUUAUAUUUCUUAUUUAAGAGACAGUUCUUUUUUUUCUUAAUUAAAAUCUAAGAAAAGUUAAGUACGUCUCUUAGCAGAAGCUAAAAAUUCUAGUUAAGAGAUUGAAGUUAAUCAUGGUCUUACGUAACCGAAGUACGUGGUUGUGUAGUUCAUAAUUAUAUCUGAGAGUCAAAUGUAAAUUAUAAGGCUAGACUUUUUGUCUAUUGUUUUAAAAUAUAAAAUUUUCGUCGACACGUACUUAAGAGUUUUAAGAACUUGAUUAUUAUUUUAAACUAUAUUUUAGGAAUAAAGAUCUAGAAUAAUGUUAGGCUAGCUAGAGACAAGAAAAAAAUUAAUAUAUAAAAGUCACAAUUCUAGAACUCGACAUAAAUAUAACAGAUUAAAGAAUAGACGAACAAAUGAUUAAAAUGAGAUUCUAAAGUUUUACCAAAAAAAAAAGUCUAUCCACCAAAGACCAUAUAUAUACUUUCUCAAAAAAGACCAUAUAUCUAAAAAUGAAAUUAACUAUUUUCCGUUAUUUUUCUCGUUGAUAACUAAAACUUAGGAUAUUGUAUUUUAACUUUUAUUGGAAUAGUUAGACUAGAUUGAAGUCCAUCUGGUUGUUUCAUUUUCAAUCACGAGUUGUGACGAUAAAAUGUUUGGUUUGAAAAACAGGCUGUACUCAAAAGGUACUUAUUAGUAUACGAGAUUAUGGCAAUAAAAAAAACCUGCUAAAACCAUAAUUUAUCAGGAAAAAUGGUUAGAAAUACCACAAAUUAAGUAGCACUUUUCAAAAAAAAAAACUAUCAAUCAAAAAAUGCAAUAACAUUUGUGUUUAGGCUUUAAUCAGGGCUGUUUUUUAGCACCUGCAAAUGGAGCGGGCGAACAGGAUCCAAAAUUUUAGAGGGUCUAUAAUUUUUUUUAUUUAAGUAAUAGUUAUAAAUUUAAAAUUAUAUAUUUAUUAAAAAUCACACAGCUAUAUUUAAAUUUAACUUUCGUAUUUAUUAACCAAUAAAUAUAAAUUACAAUUUGAUUUUGUUUACAUAACCAACAAAAAUGCAAUAAGUCGGGAAGAAAUUAACAUUUAUAUCAAUUAAUAUAUUUUGGAAAGAUGACAAAUAUAUACAUAUAUAUAUAUAUAUAUAUUGGAAAGUAAAAAAUAGUUGUUGGUGUUUGAUUUAGUAUUCAAUGUAAAUUUAGAAAGUUAAUAUUCUAAUUUAAUUAUAUUUAGGAAACUAUUAUUAACUAAUGAUUAUAAAUAAGGACAGAAAUAUAUAAUUUUCAGCAAUUUUUACAGAAAAAUAGUAAACACAAAGAAGAAUGACUAGUUUUUUUUUUUUUUUUGACAACUACUAGUUUAAGCUUCUAUCGAGAAGAAAAAUGAACAGUUUCCAACUUAUUGUUUAAUCAAAUCAAGAGUCUACGACUUUUGGUUUAACCACUAUCCAUGUUUUAUUGCUCUAUUAGUUUUUUUUUAUAGAUUAUAAUCCAUGAUUGUGGAUACAAAAAAAAUAAAAAGAAAAAGGAAACUAAAAAAUUCAUAGUCUCAAGGAUGUGCUUUUCAUAAGGUUUUAAUUAUAAAACCAAAAGCUGUUUCUUCCACUCAAAUUAGAUUGGUGUAUUUAUUAUAUAUUAUAACAAUAUUUUGCCAGAAAAAAACAUAAAUUAUUUCAGGUUAUUAAAAAUGGUCUUAUUUUUUUUUGAACAGGGUCUUUGUAGAGUUUGAGACGGUCCUGGUUUUAAUGAUUUUGUUUAAGGUUUAAUAUUAAGGGAGGUUGGAUUUAUAAAUGUUCUAUAAAUAUUUAAAAAAUUAAUUUAGUGUUAUUUUAUCACAAAUUUAGAGUAUUUGUGAAAGUAGUCAUUCAUUAAUGGUAAACUUGAAAAAGAAUAUCAAACUUGUGCUAGAAUUGAAAUUUCUCCAUUUAUAAGCGAUAAUUAAGUUUAAAGAUGAACCUUUGUUUCAUUUUCACUGAAAGCCAAUAUUUUGUGAAGCUAAAUGAUACCAUGAUCGUCGACAAAAAAAAUGAUACCAUGAUCUAGCCAUUAUGUCAGAAAUUUUGUAUUACAGUGUAGCUCUUCUUUUUUUUUUUUUUUCUUUUUUUUUUACAGUGUAGCUCUUGCUUGUUAACGAUCUUGUAUGGUUUGAUUCUCAUUUCUAGCAUCUAUAUUAUGUAGCAAACCUUAUUUAUAUAUAAAGUUCAGCCACAUUUAAUAUUUUAUUGCUUGGUAAAUUAAAGGUUAUUUGAUCAAACAAAAAAUCAUAAUUAAUAAUCUACAACUAUUUGAGUUUUUUCUGCUAAUUUUGUAAAUGUCCAUAAUAUCACAAAUUUCAUAUUCAUACAACUAUCUUCACAAAAGGUGCAUGGAUAUUAUCUUGGCAUUAUGCAAAACUAAAACUAGUUAUAUGCUUAUAUACAAGUAACAAUCAUAUAAUUAGUUAAUGGUUCAUCCAUCACAUUGACUAUUUAGUUUCUUUGUACAAGAGAUAGAUAAACAAGAUCAAGCGAAUUUUUAUAAAGAGAAUUAGAUAAAAUAUUUAUCACCUAUUUUGUCCCAUUCGAAAGUCAGAAAUGGGAAGGGAUGAUAAUUCAUAAGCACUAUAUAUUGCACUUCAUAGAAUAUAUUAAAAUUAUUAAUAAAUAUUAAUGUAAAAGUAGAAAGAAUUGAUGAAUUUACAUAGUUCUUAUAUAGUAGCAUGUAUGAUAACUCUAUUUAAAUCUGCAUUCGUUCUAUGAUCGACAUUUUGUUGGAAGCGUGAAAAGAUGCCGCAGAAGUAUAACUUCUAAAACCUUUAAUUUUUGUCACAAUGGAAAAUGAAAAGCUACCAUCUCUUUCCCAUAAUUAAUGUUCACAAAUUAGAUUCAUAUUUUGAAGAUAUGUUGUAUCCACUGAAGUACAUGUCUCUACAUGAGUUGAUCUCGAGAACGAAAUUAGAACCGAACGGAGUUUUACAUCUAUUUUUAAUUUUAUAUAAUGAAGUUAGUCAAUCCAUAUAUAAAAUAUAUUUUUAACCAAAUUUACGAAGACAAAUCUAGAUAAAUAAACAAAAAGAAAUAUUCCAUUAGACUUCUUGAAAGUACUUAGAAAUUUAACGCAACAAAUACAAAACCGAAUCACUGAUCUCACAAUGCACGCUUGCAGAAAUUUCCUCAAAACAACCACCAAAUUUCUCAAAGAAAGAAAAUGCUUUAGAUCUUUCAAACCUCCCUGAAGCGAAACCAAUAUUCAAAACCACGUGCUCCCUAAUAAAAUUCAUACCCGGUCCGAGUACACUAUACCUGACCCGAUCCAAAAGGACCUUAUAUAUAUGUCCCCAUGCAAACACACAAAACAACUCAAAACACUCUUCAUCAAAACCAUUUCUCUCUCACUCUCCAAUGACUUCUAACUACGACAAACUCACUUCUUCCAGAGUAGCGAUCAUUGGUGCUGGUGUUAGCGGUUUAGCAGCCGCUAAGCACCUAGCUCAUCACAACCCGACCGUUUUCGAAGCCUCGGAUUCGGUCGGAGGUGUUUGGAAGAGCUGCUCUUACGAGACAACUAAGUUACAAUCGACACGAGUCGAUUACGAGUUCUCUGACUUUCCAUGGCCCAAUAGAGAUGAAACUACUUUCCCAUCUUACGUUGAGAUAAUAGAUUACUUGGAAGCUUAUGCCAAGCAUUUUGAUCUCCUAAAGUUCAUGAACUUUGGCUCUAAGGUCAUUGAAGUUAGGUAUACCGGUGAUGGCGAAACUCCACUGAUGGUUGACCUCGGUGCUUAUGGCAACUUGUUGCCUGGUAAACCUGUCUGGGAGGUUGCUGUUCAGAGCGGAGAUGCUGGAGAUAUUCAGUGGCAUGCAUUUGAGUUCGUCGUAGUGUGCACCGGAAAAUUCGGCGACGUACCAAGAAUUCCGACGUUUCCAGCGAAUAAAGGGCCGGAGCUAUUCAAAGGAAAAGUGAUGCAUUCGAUGGAUUACUGCAAAUUAAACAAAGAAGAAGCUUCUCAUCUCCUCCGUGGCAAGAAAGUCGCCGUCAUUGGCUAUAAGAAAUCCGCCAUUGAUUUGGCUUUAGAGUCUGCUUUAGCCAAUCAUGGAGAAGGUGGACAAGCAUGCACAAUGGUGGUGAGAACAACACAUUGGGUGUUCCCACAUUACUGGAUAUGGGGUCUUCCAUUCUUCUUGUUCUACUCUACGAGAGCUUCUCAGUUCCUACAUGAUAGGCCUAACCAAAGCUUCCUUAAAACUCUCUUUUGCCUUAUAUUCUCUCUUCUGCGUGCCGUGGUUUCCAAAUUCAUCGAAUCAUAUGUUACGUGGAAGCUUCCUCUAGAGAAGUAUGGUCUUAAACCGGACCAUUCAUUUGAAGAAGACUAUGCUUCUUGUCAAAUGGCGCUCAUCCCAAAGAAUUUCUUUGAGGAAGCGGAUAAGGGUAUGAUCCGGUUCAAGAAAACAUCAAAAUGGUGUUUUUAUGAUCAAGGGAUUGAAUUUGAGGAUGGGACAACCCUAGAAGCUGAUGUUGUGAUACUGGCGACUGGUUAUGAUGGCAAGAAGAAGCUCAAAGCCAUUGUUCCUGAACCCUUUCGAACUUGGCUUGAGUUUCCAUACGGUGUUAUGCCUCUAUACAGGGGAACAAUCCAUCCAUUGAUACCAAACAUGGGUUUCGUGGGAUACGUUCAAAGUAACUCAAACCUACACACAUCAGAGCUACGUUCGCUGUGGUUAAGCCGUCUAGUGGAUGGGAAAUUCAAAUUACCGAGCAAAGAGAAAAUGCUGGAACAAUUCUCCAAGGAAAUGGAAGUGAUGAGAAGAUCGAGCAGAUUCUAUAAACGCCAUUGCAUUUCUACCUUCAGCAUCCAGCAUGCAGAUGAUUUAUGUAACGACAUGGGACUCAAUCCACGGCGUAAAUCCAACUUGUUCCUCGAAGCCUUUAGUCCUUAUGGUUCUCAAGAUUAUCGACUCGAUCAAGAAGAAAGAAAGUAAUUGAAUAUAGUACUACUCAA